AUGGAGAAAGCCUCCGAGCUUGAGAAGAAGCUCAUUCAGACCACCAAAGAAGUGGAGCUCCUGAAGGUAGAGACCAGCGAGUUCAUGCUUACAUGUUUUUCCUACAGAAACACAGACAGUGCCAAGCAGAGAGUCUCAUGGGAGUCUCGCUCGCAGGUGAUUCUGCUGCAGCUGCGAGAGCAAGAACAGGAGCUCAGGCAGGAGAGAGAACAAGACAUCCAGGCCCUGAAGGAGCUCGAGGUCAAAGUUCAGGCUCUGGUGGAUCAGGGUCUUGUCCAAAUGGGGCGCUCUUCCUCUGGACACCUAGAUGUUCAGGUGGUGCAGCAGAACAUGAAGCAGAAAGCUGCAGAUCAGGUCGAUACAGGAAACAACCUUCAGGCCGUUCCUACAACAGAAGCUCCUCCACAGUCGGAGUCGGUACAAGCUCCUCCUCCUCCUCCUCCACUUCCAGCUCCGUCCUCAACCACAGCUCCACCCCCACCUCCUCCACCACCAGCAGCUCUCCUGCCUUCUGGAGGCGGAAGGACGCAGGCGUCAGCAGAUGCGACUGCGGGGACCUCAAACUGUAAAAAGAAGAAGGCCAUUCAAACCAAAUACCGCAUGCCGCUGUUCAACUGGCAGGCCCUCAAAUCCAACCAGGUGGCAGGAACAAUCUUCAGCGAGCUGGACGACGAGCGCAUCUUAGAGGAGCUAAACAUGGCUGCCUUUGAGGAGCAGUUUAAGACCAAAGCCCAGUCGACCCCUGUAGAUCUGGGAACCCUAAAGAAGAAAAUGGCCCACAAGAGUCCCAGUAAAGUGUCUCUAAUGGAGCCCAACAGGGCCAAAAACCUGGCCAUCACCCUGCGUAAAGAAGGAAUGGCUGCCUCUGAUAUCUGCUGUGUCAUUGAGACGUACAACCUGAAAGCUCUGAGCCUGGACUUCCUCGAGCUGCUGGAGCGUUUCAUCCCCACCGAGUAUGAAAUGAAGCUCAUCCACAACUACGAGUGCGAGGGCAGGCCCCUGGACGAGCUCAGCGAGGAGGACCGCUUCAUGGUGCGCUUCAGCAAGAUCCCACGGCUUUCCCAGCGCAUCAGCACUCUCACCUUCAUGGGCAAUUUCCCUGAGAGCGUCCAGCUGAUACAGCCUCAACUGAAUGCCAUCAUCGCAGCCUCGAUGUCCAUCAAAUCUUCCACUAAGCUGAAGAAAAUUCUUGAGAUCAUCUUGGCAUUUGGAAACUACAUGAACAGCAGCAAGCGAGGAGCAGCAUAUGGCUUCCGUCUGCAAAGCUUAGACUUGCUGUUGGACACCAAAUCUACAGACCGUAAACAGACGCUUAUGCACUUCAUCGUCAACAUCAUCCAGGAGAAAUACCCAGAGCUGCAAUCCUUCCACACAGAGCUGCACUUCCUGGAUAAGGCGUCACUUGUUUCUGUGGACAGUAUCCUGCAGGACCUUCGGGCUCUGGAGAGAGGCAUGGAGGGGACGAAGAGGGAGUUCUCCAUAGAAAAAGACAAUCCUGUGCUGCAGAGUUUUCUCAACAGCAACAUGGAGCUGCUCAACUGUCUCAUAGCCGAUGGAAAGACCGCGCAGGAUGCUUAUGACUCAGCUGUGGAGUACUUCGGAGAAAACCCCAAAACAACGCCGCCCUCUAUGUUCUUCCCUAUUUUGAUCAGAUUCAUCAAAGCGUACAAGCAAGCAGAGCUGGACAUCGAGCAGAGAAACAAGCAACACGAGGCUCCUUUAACUCCUCCUAAACCUGAAGUCAUGGGGAACAAGGGUCCCAUGAUGCCGAGAGCGCCCCAGAUGGACCUGAUAGCAGAGCUGAAGAAGAGGCAGAUGUCUCCUCUGGUGAGGGAGGGGAAAGACGGAGCCAUCGAGGACAUUAUCACAGAUCUGAGGAAUCAGCCGUACAGACGGGGGGACGGCGGCCGACGCAGCGCCAAGUGGAAACCAGGGCAACAGCUGCAGGUAUCCUCAGACAUCUCCCUCUGAAGCACAACAGCACGGACUGGACUCAUCAUCAUGGCUUUACAAGCACAACGUAUUUGACUCACUAUGGUGACAGUCUUAUCACUCUCAAGCAUGUGGACGAAUGCAGGGUUGGAAAUGCAUGCAAGAAGAUCCCCAAAGAGACAAAAACAUAAGCUAACACACACACACACACACACACACACACACACUUCUGCUGCUUUACAGCGCCUCUCUGGAUAAACUUCAAACUGACUGUAGAAAUGUUCUGUGAUUUGAGUAAUUAAAUGUUAAAGAGGGCGAAUUAUUAGCUGUGCGCUAAUGACACUGGAUGCCAUACGAGGUAAUCAAGACAAUUACAUGGAAGAGCGAGCCACUCGGCUGAGAGGUAACACGAGCGCUUCAUUACUGCCGCUAAGACAUCACAGCCUCGCCGGAAAAUUCAUCUUCAAAGGCAAGAAACUGAUAGACAAACCACUCAUGGAUCAUUUUGAUAUUUUUUUUUAUUAGUUUUAGUUUAAACAGAAUUUUAAUCGCAGCGUCCCAUCACUCUUUCCGUGUCUGUAGUAGGUCUCAAAAAUUAUGGGAAAGAUUUAUAAUAUAUUUAAAUUAUUUUUAUUACUGUGUAAGUACAAAAACAAGCUUCUACUUUGCUUCUGCAUUUCAACAAAUAAAACAUUUUAUACUGUU